CAAAGGCUGUUUCUUCAGGAGGGUGAGGAGUGCUGAAAGAUGUUGGUUGGGAACCACAGAAAGCAGGGAGACAGUGCUUGUGAGACUGUGUUUCCCUUGAGAAUUUAUACUUCCUGUUACUCAGGAUAAAAACCUUUAGUUCCAUUUCCUUUGGAGGGUCAUUUUUGGGUUUUUUUGCUGUUAAGUUGCAGCUGACUUAAAUUGACCUUGUAGUGUUUUCAAGGCAAGAGACAUUUAUAAGUGAUUUCCAUUGCCUGCCUACGUGUAGCAACCCUGGUAUUCCUUGGUGGUUUCCUGUGCAAAUACUGACACUGCUUAGCAGCCAGGAUCUUAUGAGACUGGGUAAGCCUGAGUUGAACUUGCUGCUGAUUUAAAGGACCAGAAGUUGAAGGCUAGGUGAACGAGCCUGUUGCUGAACAAGACUGGUCUUUUGGAGGAAUUGCUAGAAUUACUCUCCUCAGGUCUUUUGAAAACAGCUGCUGUUACUCUGAAAUAAUUGAUCUAGGGCAAAAGUGUGUUGGUAAAUUCAGUGAUAGGUGGUGGGAUUGUGCUCCAUUGAAAAGCUGAUAAUGGGAUAAUAUCCCCCCACCCCCACCCCCCGAAUGGCUCAACUCCUCUAAUCUGAACUUUUUCCUCUUUUUCAACCCAUAGUAACUAUACAAGGGACAAAGUUUGUCCUGGUAUUGUUUCUCAUGUGAGGCACUAACAACAUCUUUGAAUCUAUCUCAUACCACUUGUUUGCAUGUAUGAGUGUUGCUAAGAACAGGAAAUGGUAAGAGACCAUGUGUAAAUGGAAUGUAUCUUCUAGUAACUGUGCAAUGCAUUCUCAUUACAGACAGGUGAAAUGCAAAAAUUCCUAUUGUUGUAGCAUGAAAAGACACCCUUGGAUGUUGAGGCAUAAUAACCCAGCAGUUGUUAAACAGAGUGUGGAAUAGCAGGGAACCUGGGAGAUCCAAAGUGGGUAGCCUGAGUGCAGAUUUCUAUUUCAGCCCAUGGAAAGGAGGCUCUGGUUUGCAACACUAGAUGGCAGAGGUGGGAUCUUUUCUGCUCUGAGCGCUGUCCUAUAAGGCAUUGCUUGUUUAAGUACAGUCGCAUUUAGUUGGAGCUGCAGGAGAGAGGGAGAGAGAGAGAGGGAGAUUUUCUCAGGCUGAGUUGAACAUCCUAGCUACCCCCCUCCCAUCCUCCCAAUUAUCCGAAGCUGAGGUUAUUCAGGAAUCUGGCCAUCCUAGGUCAGCUUCCUUUGCACUGGAUUGCCUAAGCCUGUAGACAAGUGACGGGGGAGACAGAAGGGAGAGAAGGAUCACGUUUUUAAAAAGAAAAUAAAAGAGACAGCGCGAGAGAAGAAGAGGAGGCUGAUCAACUGAGACAGAAACAUGAGGACCUACUGGCUGCAUAGCAUCUGGGUGCUGGGACUCUUCUUGGCUCUCUUCUCCUUUCAAGGGAAUUCAGGUGGAAAGAAUUUGGACUCCUUGGAUAUAGGGCUGCCGGUCCGCAGCGUGGAUUAUAACCGAGGCACGGACAACAUCACGGUGAGGCAGGGGGACACAGCCAUCCUCAGGUGUUUUAUAGAAGACAAAAGCUCCAAGGUGGCCUGGUUAAAUCGCUCAGGCAUCAUUUUUGCUGGUCAAGACAAAUGGUCACUGGACCCCCGGGUAGAGCUUGAGAAACGCACUCCUCUGGAAUACAGCCUCCGAAUCCAGAAAGUGGAUGUCUAUGAUGAGGGAUCAUACACAUGCUCAGUGCAAACGCUGCAUCAUCCCAAGACUUCCCAGGUUUAUUUGAUUGUUCAAGUUCCACCAAAGAUCUCCAAUAUCUCUUCAGAUAUCACUGUGAAUGAAGGCAGUAAUGUGACCCUGGUAUGCAUGGCAAAUGGACGCCCUGAACCUGUCAUCACCUGGAGACAUCUCACCCCUACAGCUAGAGAAUUUGAAGGUGAUGAAGAGUUUUUGGAGAUCCUGGGGAUAACGCGAGAGCAGUCGGGCAAGUACGAGUGCAAAGCAGCAAAUGAAGUUUCCACAGCAGAUGUCAAACAAGUCCGAGUCACUGUGAAUUACCCUCCCACCAUCACAGAAUCCAAGAGCAAUGAAUCUGCUACAGGACGACAAGCUUCACUCAAGUGUGUAGCCUCUGCUGUGCCUGCGCCUGAUUUUGAGUGGUACAGAGAUGACACAAGGAUAAAUAAUGCCAAUGGUCUGGAGAUCAGAAGCACGGGCAGCCAGUCCUUCCUGACAGUGGCCAACGUCACUGAAGAACAUUACGGCAACUACACUUGUGUGGCCACCAACAAACUGGGAAUCACAAAUGCUAGCCUAUUUCUUUACAAGAAAAUAUUACCCACACUCCCCAAUCCUUUUUCAGGACCUGGUACAGGAAUGGCAGGCAGUGGAUCAAUGUGUCUGGCCGUACCACUGUGGCUGUUGGCAGCAUCCCUGUUCUGCCUCUUCAGCAAAUGUUAAUAACAUCCGAAUUUUAGAAAGGGAAAAAAAUUAAAAACCCAGCAACAACAAGAACAACACACAAAGCAAAACAAACAAACAAAUGUGUCAUACAGGAGACAGAGCAAGAGAGAGAGGGGGAAAGGACAGUUUUGUUCACAACUUUUGCAUAAAGCGCAACAAAAGGGGGAAAUUUGCAAUGAAGAAGAAUCAACAUUUACAAUAACAAACUGUCAAGUCACCUAUCAUCUGGGAGUACGGGAGGCCAGACGGAUCAUUUUACAGAAGCUGGAGCCUGCAAAGGAUGCUGAGAUGCUGUAAAAAGAAAUACCAACAGUGAAAUCACUUUUAUUCUCCUCAUUCCCUCAUACAAUUUUUCUCCUUCUUUCCCUCCUUGAAAGAGACAGCCUUUUGCUUUGGUGUCAGUAGCCACAACCUUUUGAUUGGCUUGGUCAUUUCUUAAGCAGAUACGUCGCCUUUUUCUGAUUUCUGGCAAACAGUGAUGCAGAUCUCUUCAGCAUACUGGUGUCCCAUGAAGAAACUCCACGUGGCUCCCUUACCUCACUGCUCCCUUAUAAGCCCUCAAUGCUGUUGGCCCAUAAUACUUUGAUCAGGCUAAAAGAUACCAAUUCAGCUCACCUGCCCUCUUGUUCUUGCCAAGCCUUUCUCUCCCUCUAUCUCUUUUUUUCUCUUGUGUGUAUGUGUGUGAGUGUCAAACGCAUGUAAAGGGAACAGUUUCUAUGUACAUAAGCUAAUUAUGCUGUAGAUAAUGUCUUGCGUUGUACGUGAGGUUGAGAGGUGCUUGGAUGUGAAAGCAGGAUGAGAAGAAGAUGAACAAUAGUUUCCCUGGCAGAACUUUGCCAAGAUUACUAGUACUCCUUCUCAAAAGCCCUGUUCUGAGGAGCCUUCUCCUGUUCUCCAACCCACUUCAGCUGGAUAGCAUUCAGGUGGAACACAUACAUUGUCCCCAGUACUCAAUUUGCCUGUGUCCAAGGAGGGCAGCAAAGCAGUCAGAAUGUAGGGUGAAAGCAAAGCCUAAAGGGGCUGCUUAGUUCUGGCAAUGCUUGGGGACCACUGCAGCUUGGAAUGAAAACUGAGCUCAGAAAGAGAAUAAAGCAGUUACUCCUGAUGGUUUAUACAAGCUGUUAGUAAGCAUCCCUUAGCAGAAGUGCCCAUUGUCCAGACCCACUGAACACUAAGCCCUUUGGGCAAAGUAAUGACAAGAUCUGCAGGAAUGACUCAGCAGGGGCCAGGCAGAUUCUCUGCAGGGAAUAGAGGAACUCUGAAGGAAGUAAAAAUUAAAUAGGAUCCAGGAAGCUCAGUAUAAAGUCCAGGAGACCAGGGUAUCAUCAGGGUAUACUUUUGUGUAAGGGCAGGAUGGAGCAAGUUAGCAGACCGGUGUUUCCCUGGGGAACAAAAGAAAUUCCAGAAAGUAGUCAGUCCACUGUGGUCUGUACAUCUAAUAAAUAAAAUAGAUGGGCCAACUCAGGAUGUCGUACCACAAAUGAUAGGGUUCAGCUGGGUGAACUCACAGUAUAUAGUAGCUUGGCUGCUCAUAUCCUAGUCAGUGUCUCUUGAGUCUGAAAUCAUAUAGCUUUGCUUCACUUGCAUGGUGAGCAUGUUUCUGUGCUUGAACCAUAAUGCACAGGGUCAGUUUCUGGUAGGGCACAGCUGGAGAAGCAGAUAGUACCAAAGGAGAGCAUUGUGGUAUGUCCUUGUACGAAGGAUUUUCUCUAUUUGUGGUGGACUGUUCUAAUGUUGCUUGUUCUAUGACUGAGACCCAUUCUGACCCCUGAGCCUAACUGAUUUCCCAAAGGAACAGUACUUUUUGUCCUUUGAUAAAGAUAUGAGAUGACUUUUUUCCCCAGUCUCUGGACACUUAAUGCCCUGCUGUCAUAGCAGGGAGGAGGGAUUGGAAACCUUUUUACAAUUAUGCUCAAGAGGGGAAAGAUAAAUUGUUUUAGGACAGGUCCCUAAAAGAGUCUCCAUCUAACUGAAGCAACCUGAUUUAUUAAAAAAAAAUGCAAUGUGACUCUAAAUUUAACUCCCUUAUGUAAUACUGAAAAUCUUAGAUGGGGCAAGUGGAAUAAAUUAGAGUUACCAACCAAAAAGUCCUAAAUGACUGCCUCUGUUUUAAGAAACGAGGCAGAACUUCUCCUGCUAGGGUACUACAGUGAGGAAAGAAGCCAGAUGCAUCCAGUGUAUCUUGGUGACAGUGUCAGUUCCUGAGUUGACUCUGCCUUGAACCCUCCAGGGACAAGUGGGGUUUUAAGUGAUAAGAAAUCAAAUUAAUACCAGAAUUUUGCUACCAACUUGGCUGAAUUCACAAGUGCAAUUAAAUUGCAUAGUCUCCACCUUGCUCAUUUUUUUAAAAAAGACACCUGGGUUCAGAAAGUGAUGCUUGAGUUGGCAUGACUACUGUGUUCUCCUCAGGGAACUGUCGGUACCUCAUCUGAAAAGGAUGUUAUGUGAAGGGGCCGCUAAGGAGCAUCCAUGUCUAAAUUGGCUAGUGCUGCAUCGGUGGCUUUCAUUCCAUUGAAUUGCUAAUCAACAAAAAUGCUCUUCUCAUCCCUUCCAGAUGUACAAUGAAAAUCUGCCAUUGGAUAGCAGAUGUGGUAGGUGGGUGGAGCUUUCCAGUAAUACAGUUCCUACAUUAGCAAAAGGGAUGAUUUCAUGCCUGGAAAUGCAGAAGCAAAGAGUGUGUGUAUGUGUAUGUGUGCAUUAAACCUUUUGCUGUAACAAGUAUCCUCUUUGCAAAGGGCUCUCUAUAGCUCCAUGCCUGCACACAGCAAGCCUGCUCUCACCUUGAUCAGCAUCGCGGCAGCAUCCCACUUCUGCUGCUCUAGCAAUUUAUUUCCACCAAAGUCUGCAGUUUUGAACACACAUGGGCAGUCAAUUAAGCAGCUAGCCAGGCCUCCCUGUGUCAUCCUUCCAAGGCUUACAAUUUACAGUUAGACAGUUGUCGUUCUGUAGAGGCAGGAAAGCAGCACAGAGAGGCAAGGAGGUUUGAAAGCACUAUAGGAAGGAGAGGGAAUGCAACCCUAGGAGAUGCCAUUAAGUGAGUUCUGACCAUGUUAAAGGA